AUGGAGUCCGUCGCCCGACCAUCAUUACGCCAGGCGUGCAGCGUGCUCAAGCAGAGCAAGCGAUCAUACGCUACGCCGAACGCAUACGUCCCUCACCAAGCCAACUCUCGUAUCCAACCUCUUCCCGCUCGACCAAAACCCGUCCUCUCUACCUUUUUCACCGGAAAACCCCUUUACGCCAAUGCUGUCGUCCAGCUAGAAACUGCGGUCAAGGAGAACGAGGAAGCACUCAGGAGGAAGCACAUCUGGCCUCUUCCCCCGAGACUGCGGUUAGAGGCCGAGACGGGGGGGUGGGACAAGAACGAUUGGAAGUUGAUGGAGACCAAGUUUGCGACGUCGCUGGACCGAGCACAGUUCAAACGGGUGACAGGGUUGUUGAAGGAUUUGGCUCUGUUGAGACGAGUCGCUCAGCGAUCAGGUCAGAGCGAGGUUGUGCUCAACGUCAACUCGAUCAUCGAGCAAUACAAGCAACCUCGAGAGGCCAGACAAAAGUCCACGAAGGACAAGAAGAGCCCGAUUGACGAGUUCGGGAGGACGACGACGAUGGGGAGGAGAAAGGAGAGUUCGGCCAAGGUCUGGUUGAUCAAGACCAAGACGCCCGAGGACUUUUCUUCCAGGAUUCAGACCGCCCUCGAGAUCCAUGCGAGAAAGGUCGCCGAGCCCGAAUCGACGGAGGAGCCUGACUACCCUGCUUUACCCACUACCGAGGUCCUCGUCAACCAUCUCCCCAUCCAUCAACACUUCCCCCGGCCAUCUGAUAGGGAGCUCGUUCUCCGUCCACUUCGCCUGACGGGGACACUAGGGUACUUCAACAUCUUUGCCCUGGCUUCCGGAGGCGGGACGACGGGACAGGCAGGGGCGACCGCGUUGGCGAUCUCGAGAGGGAUCAUCACCUUCUUGCCCGAGAUGGCGGAUAUCUUGCGACGGGACGGGUUGUUGACCCGGGAUCCCAGGAUGGUCGAGAGGAAGAAGACUGGGUUGGCAAAGGCCAGGAAGAGGUACACAUGGGUCAAGCGAUAA